AUGUUCUCGAGACAAGCAAGCCAGAAUGCGCGGUUUGCAGCCCGUUGUGCCCGUCGUCCAGCUUCGCGGGUAGCCAACCCCCAGUUCCGCGCCCAACAACCCCGCUUCCAGUCUACCGAGUCAGCAACAUCCGGCAACGCGGGUGCCGGCUCACAUGCCGCAAUCGGUGCCGCAUCUGGUGCCCUUGCAGCCAUCACAGUCGGCUACAUCUUCUACAGACAAUCGGGUGCUCGUGAUGUUGUAGUAGCUUCCAAGACUGCAAAGGGCUACGUCAACUCAGCUACACAGAAGAUCAAGGAGCAAACACCAGAACCCAACGAGGCGCUGCAAUGGCUGCGAAAUGCUGCGCAGAGCUACGCUGCUUUCAUCCCCGGUGCCAAAGGCUAUGUUGACUCCGCCUUCGAUGACCUCGAUGCUAUCCGUGCAAAGCACGGCAAGGAGGUUGACCAGAUCGUGACCGAGGCAUACGACGAGAUGCGCCAGGUUCUCGGUAACGGUGAUAUGAGCCUCGUCACCGCACACAAGACUUGGGACGUUAUUACCAAGCACAUGAGUCGUAUCGCAGAUCUUGCUGGCGACGCAUCACAACAGAUCAUGGACAACCACCCUCAGCUCAAGGAGAAGGUUGGCGGUAACAUUGAUAAACUCAAGGAGUACGGCGACAAGUAUGGUCCCGAGGCCAAGAAGGAGGUCGACAGGACAUGGAAGCAGAUCAGUGACGUGGUCAAGACUGGCGUAAGUGCGUCGAACAUUGAGAAAAUCAGGAGCAUCGUGCAAGAAAAGGUGGAGAAACUCAAGAAGAUGGGCGAUGAGGCUUGGGAUAAGGGUAUGGAGCAGGCAAAGCCCUACCUUGACAAGAACCCUCAGGUCAAGAAGAUUGUCGAAGAGAACGCGGAUGCACUCAAGGGCGGAAAUGUCCAAGAGCUGUACGAGCGCGUCAAGUCUGCCGUCGAGAAGGGUGAUACUGGCGACCUUGAGUCAUACGUCAAGAGCGCCGCCAACAAGGCCAAGGAGUCUGGUUUCGGUGAUAUCGAGCAGUACUUCAAGCAGAUCCCUGGCGGCGACCAGAUCAUGCCCAAGCUAAGCCAGCUUCAGGACGUUGCCCAGAAGCACGGCGACGAAGCACAGAAGCUUUUCAAGGACACCAUCUCGGAGAUCUCUAGCCUCCUCCAGAAGAAGGGUGAAGAGGCAUCCAAGUUGGCCGAUAAGGCAAAGGAGGACUCUAAGAAAUAG